AUGGCUUCGCGUCUCGCUAAGAGCGCCAUUGGCGCCGCCCGUCUGCGACCGACUCUCCCCAUCCGCACUCCUGCUAUCCCAGCCCUGACCUCCAUCCGCGCGGCUUCCAACGUUCCCGCUGAGACCCCCGAGAAGAAGGCUCAAUCGAUCCUGAACGCUCUUCCCGGAAACUCUCUCGUUUCCAAGACCGCUAUUCUCUCUGCUGCCGCCGGUAUCUCCAUUGCCGCCAUCAGCAAUGAGCUCUACGUUAUGAACGAGGAGACUGUGGCUGCCUUCUGUCUUCUGUCUGUUUGGACUGCCGUUUUCAAGUACGGUGGUCCCGCCUACAAGGAGUGGGCUGAGGGCCAGGUCCAGAAGCACAAGGACAUCCUCAACGCUGCUCGUGCCGACCACACCAGCGCCGUCCAGGCACGCAUUGACAACGUCUCUGAGAUGUCCAGCGUUGUCGAGGUCACCAAGUCUCUCUUCGCUGUUUCCAAGGAAACCGCCCAGCUUGAGGCUCAGGCUUACGAGCUCGAGCAGCGCGCUGCCCUUGCCCACGAGGCCAAGGUUGUCCUUGACUCUUGGGUCCGCUACGAGGGACAGGUCAAGCAGCGCCAGCAGAGUGAGCUUGCUGAGUCCGUCAUUGCCAAGAUCCAGAAGGAGCUCGAGAGCCCCAAGGUUCUGCAGCAGAUCCUCCAACAGUCCGUUGUUGAUGUUGAGCGUAUCUUUGCUGCCAAGCAGUAA